GCGUCCAAAUUCUUUGUUUUGGGGACUCUUUACGUGUAGUGAUGGCUAACUAACUGCCACGUUAGCUUAAAUUGUGUUCUCGCACGGAUAACAGCACAAUCUUUUAAAGAUGCCACUAUUUCGUAUACCUUUACUGUGGAACAGGGUAGCAGACCGGGACACCGAAAGAAAAAACAUGCUGCAAAUCAGGGAUUUCCUCCCCGCAACAUACUAAGUUAUAAACCAGUGCUGCAGCCCUAACUGUGUUUGCCUUAUUUGGGGCAACAAAGAGAAGACGCCAAUGAGGAUCAUCGACAGUCCCCCUUGUUUUGCUCCUUGAUGUCAGCGCGAACAGCUUGGGACGCCUGAAGCCACAGACAGGUGGAGCGAGCUCUGAGGGUUGGACUACGGGCAGGUGCUGUGGAGGUUGUUAUCCCAUUUAAAGUUGUAAUAAGUCAAUUUGAAGAGGCAACUAUGACUGAACAGGAAGCGUCUUACAGCAACAGAGAACUGGUGGUGUUUUAUAUAAAGUACAAAUUGUCCCAGAGGAACUAUCCCAUUAGCUGCAUCGGGCUCACAGACGGCACAGGUCGGACUGAGGGGGGGCAGGUGGAUGGGGAGAGCGAGCCAGGGACGGAGGCGGCAGCGGUUACCACGACAACAACGACCCCUCUGCCCAACGGCUCUGCCAACGGCACAAGCGCACAGGGGGGCACGCCCACACCCCCACGGUCACCGACAGCUUCCUCGGCCGGUCCGGACGCCGUCAAAGAGGCUCUGAGGGACUCGGCAAAUGAGUUCGAGCUGCGCUACGCGCGGGCGUUCAGUGACCUGUCCUCGCAACUGCACAUCACGCCCGCCACCGCCUACCAGAGCUUUGAGAGCGUCAUGGACGAGGUGUUCCGGGACGGUGUGAACUGGGGCCGCGUAGUGGGCCUGUUUGCCUUCGGCGGAGCGCUGUGUGUGGAAUGCGUGGAGAAGGAGAUGAGCUCUUUGGUGGGACGCAUCGCCGACUGGAUGACUGUCUACCUGGACGAGCAUAUCCAGCCCUGGAUCCAGAGCCAAGGCGGAUGGGACCGCUUUGCGGAGAUCUUCGGGAAUGAUUCAGCCGCAAAGGACAGGAAGUCGCAGGAGAACUUCAAGAAGUGGCUGCUGGCUGGCGUAACCCUGGUAACCGGGGUUGUGGUCGGGUCACUAAUUGCCCAGAAACGCCUGUGAGCAUGAGCAGCAAGGGACAGUCAACUUGACCCAAAACAUGAAGGAACAACACGCUUAAAUAUAUAAUAAUAUUAUUAUUAUUAUUAUUAUUAUUAUUAUUAUUAUUAUUAUUUUUCUUUCCCUUUGCCAAGAAUCUCCAUGUUUACAUUUGCUCCUCCUACCACCAUCACAUUCUGCCCACAACACACUGGUUGACCAGGCUAUCGAUACCAUCAUGUCCGAUGCCACUCACCGGAACAGGGACGCUAUCCGCUUUUGAGUGACCAGAGAAGGACUUUGUGAGUGGCAUAGCUUAAGACGGAAGACUGUCCUGAUCCUAACAUCUAAAUACACACACACACACACACACACACACACACACACACACACACACACACACACACACACACA